AUGGCCAAGCUCUGGUUCAAAUUCCAGCGGUACUUCCGCAGGAAACCUGUACGUUUCUUUACCUUCCUGGUGCUCUACCUGACGGCUGGGAGCCUCGUCUUCCUUCACUCUGGUUUUGUGGGUCAGCCUGCUGUCUCCCAGAACCAGGCCAACCCCGCUGUGGGGGCCCCAGCAGAGGGUGCCGAGCUGCCCUUUUGGGGUGACUUAAAUCUGGGCAGAGGCUUCCGGGACACGGGUGAGGCCUCGAGCAUCGCCCGCAGGUACGGACCCUGGUUCAAGAGCAAGGACGGAAAUGAGAGAGCCAAGCCGGGGGACUACGGGGGAGCCUGGAGCCGGGCCCUCAAGGGGCGGGUCGUCCGGGAGAAGGAGGAGGAACGAGCUAAGUACAUCGGCUGCUACCUGGAUGACACCCAGAGCCGGGCCCUUCGAGGCGUGUCCUUUUUCGACUACAAAAAGAUGACUGUCUUCCGUUGCCAGGACAACUGUGCAGAACGGGGCUACCUGUACGCUGGGCUGGAGUUCGGCGCCGAGUGCUACUGCGGCCACAAGAUCCAGGCGACAAACGUGAGCGAGGCGGAGUGUGACAUGGACUGCAAGGGAGAGCGGGGCAGCGUGUGCGGUGGCGCCAACCGCCUCUCCGUCUACCGGCUGCAGCUGGCCCAGGAGUCAGCCCGCAGGUAUGGAAGUGCAGUCUUCCGAGGCUGCUUCCGCAGACCUGACAACCUCUCCCUGGCCUUGCCUGUGUCGGCCGCCAUGCCCAACAUGUCCGUGGACAAGUGUGUGGACCUUUGCACAGAGAAGGAGUACCCGCUGGCGGCCCUUGCGGGCACCGCCUGUCACUGUGGCUUCCCCACCACGCGAUUUCCCCUCCACGAGAGAGAGGACGAACAGCUCUGUGCCCACAAGUGCAGCGCAGAGGAGUUUGAGAGCUGCGGAACCCCCAGUUACUUCAUCGUGUACCAGACGCAGGUCCAAGACAACCGCUGCAUGGACAGAAGGUUCCUCCCAGCCAAGUCCAAGCAGCUCAUCGCUCUGGCCAGCUUCCCGGGUGCCGGCAACACGUGGGCACGCCACCUCAUCGAGCUGGCCACAGGCUUCUACACUGGCAGCUAUUACUUCGAUGGUUCUCUCUACAACAAAGGGUUUAAAGGUGAGCGGGACCACUGGCGCAGCGGGAGGACCAUCUGCAUCAAGACACACGAGAGCGGCCAGAAGGAGAUCGAGGCCUUCGACGCAGCCAUCCUGCUCAUCCGCAACCCCUACAAGGCCCUCAUGGCAGAGUUCAACCGCAAGUAUGGCGGACACAUCGGCUUCGCUGCCCACGCCCACUGGAAGGGCAAAGAGUGGCCAGAGUUCGUGAGGAACUACGCCCCGUGGUGGGCCACUCACACGCUGGACUGGCUCAAGUUCGGCAAGAAGGUGCUGGUGGUGCACUUUGAGGACCUGAAGCAGGACCUCUUCGUCCAGCUGGGCCGGAUGGUCGGCCUGCUGGGCGUGGCCGUCAGGGAAGACCGGCUGCUGUGCGUGGAGAGCCAGAAGGACGGCAACUUCAAGCGCUCGGGGCUGCGGAAGCUGGAGUACGACCCCUACACGGCGGACAUGCAGAGGAGCAUCUCUGCCUACAUCAAGACGGUGGACGCGGCCCUCAAAGGGAGGAACCUCACGGGCGUUCCUGAUGACUACUACCCCAGAUGAUGGGUCAGAGGCGGGCGGGGGCACUGGGAGUCCAGACCAAGCAGGCCCUGGGGACCCCCACCCUUCAGUCCUCUCUUCGGUCUGGGGACAGCCUCCUUGGUUGCUCUUGGCCUUCAGUGAGUUUCCUGCAUGACGAAGGAGGCUCCAGGGAAGAGAACGUGUGGGCACCCCCACCUACUCACACCCCUCCCCAGAGAUAGAGGGGGCGACUGGUUUGGGGAGUUCCAGCCACGCGGACCCUUCUCUGCCCCCCACGUCCCUGCCCCCACCGCUCUGGGCUCCGCCUGUGGGAAGGAGGGCUCCUGCGUGUCCCGGAGACACAGGUGCCCCCCUGCAGGUGCUGAGGACCCUGGUGCAAGAGCUGAAGAGAAUGACGU